AUGAGUGCGAGCGCGGAGGCAGUCGAUUCGUUAGAUGCGUACAUGGCAUCCCUGGAGCUGCCGUCGGGCAACCAAUCGCAGUCGAUGGCCCAAGCAAGGGCCGCGCAUAAUAGUAGUCGCGCUGCUAUUCAAAACGGGCGCGCCGUGGUCGUGAAGAACCGUCGUUAUUGUCGACUACAGCAGCUUUUGGAGGACAUUUCGGAUGAAGACUCCUAUUUCUCGGACAGCAUGAUACAGCAGCGCAGUCCAGCGUUGUUCCACUUCUACUUGGGUCAAUAUUUGAGCCUUAACAAGAGUGCAACUCCAUCGACGGACAGCGCAGGACAAACGCUGUCCUCCUUCCUGAUAGACACUUGCCAACGCAGCGAGAUGGAGACUCGACGGGUGGCGGAGCAAGAAAAGUGGGGAAAUUUCAUAGCAGCAGACGAAAAGCAGGAGCAGAGUAGACUGGAAAGGUUGUAUGAGGAAGACAAUACCGAAGAAAAAGAAGAUGAGGAUGAGGAGGAAGAGGACAUGACGCUGUAUAGUAUCGACGAACGCCGUGAACAACUCAUUGAAGUCAUGAGUUCAAGGUUUCUCAAUGGAGAGGAUAGUGAGUACGUGAACUAUGCGGAAAUCGAUGCUGAUGAGGCUCUGGAUGACUUUGAUGAGAUGCAACGCGAUGCAGAAGACCGCUAUUUUGCAGAAGAGGAGUCUAUCACAAGGGGUGAAGGUCGAGUUGGGAUUUAG